AUAGUGCGACGAGGCCAAAUCUGCAGUCCGACUUGACAACAUGGUCUCGAAAGCUUCAUGUUUCCAAGGCUUAUGAAACAACUCGACACGCUAGUAUUUUAGAUUAAUUGUUUAUUCGACGGACUUCAGCUCUUGGGCCUCUAAUGGAAGUCUUGCUAUCGUCAUUUGGAGCGGUCCUUCGCUAAAUUAACUAUUUAACCUCUGCUGGGUGAGCAGCACCAUCCAGGAAGUGAGAAGAACCUCAGUGGACGCUGGAUCCAUCAUGGAAGCUGUAACGCAUCGAAUUGGACACAAAGUCUUCUGGAGCAUCCAAAGAACAGGAUUCCUUUGCCGCAGGAACCACUCGGCCUUUGCUGAGCCGACUGCUCCUCCCGCGUCAUCAUCAUCAUCAUCAUCCCCAUCCCACGGCAGGCGAAUGAAAGUCCCUCUCCUGGUCUCUCGUCUCUAUCAGCCGUCAAACCUGCGUGACAUGGGCCCCGACAUGCAUGGAGAAGUUACCUGUAAGAGCCAGCGGCUCAUGCUGCAGGCAGGACUCAUUCAUCCUUCUAAUCCAGGAUGCUACUACUACCUUCCUGCCGCUGUGCGCUCCAUGGAGAAAUUGGUGAAAGUGAUCGACCAGGAGAUGCAGCAGAUAGGUGGGCAAAAGCUGGACAUGCCCAGUUUGUGCUCGGCUGAUCUGUGGAGAACCAGCGAGCGUUGGGACUUGAUGGGAAAGGAGCUGUUCCGUCUGAAAGAUCGCCAUGGCGUCGACUACUGUUUGGGACCCACGCAUGAAGAGGCCGUGACCAAUCUGGUGGCUCACCAGACCACUCUGUCCUACAGACAGCUGCCUCUACUCCUAUACCAGAUCACCCGCAAAUUUCGAGAUGAGCAAAAGCCAAGGUUUGGUCUGCUUCGAGGAAGGGAGUUCUACAUGAAGGACAUGUAUUCUUUUGAUGUGAGUGAGGAAGCCGCUUACGAGACCUACGAAUCUGUGUGCCACGCGUACACUCGGAUCUUCGGGCGGCUGGGCCUGCGUUGCGUGCAAGUGCAGGCCGACACGGGGAACAUCGGUGGAAAACUCUCCCAUGAAUUCCAGCUGCCCGCGGACGUCGGUGAAGACAGGCUUCUGGUCUGCGGGAGCUGCUCCUUCUCUGCCAACGUAGAGACAGUGGUGUCCAACAGAACCGAGUGCCCACAGUGCAAAACCGCUACCCUUACCGAGUCCAAGGGCAUCGAGGUGGGCCACACCUUUUACCUGGGCAAAAAAUAUUCGGACAUGUUUAACGCCGCUUUCAGCAACGCCCAAAACAAGCCGAGCGUUGCGGAAAUGGGCUGCUACGGCCUCGGAGUGACGCGCAUUCUCGCCGCGGCCAUCGAGGUGAUGUCGACGGAUGAAAAGAUCCGCUGGCCAGGUCUUCUAGCCCCUUACCAGGUUUGUGUUUUACCCCCCAAGAAGGGCAGCAAGGCAGCUGAGGCAGCCGCUAUGGCUGAAGAGCUGGUUCACACAUUAGGAGAGACGUUGCCGCAUCUGAGAGGCGAGGUUGUUUUUGAUGACCGCACCCAAAUGACCAUCGGCAAGAGGCUGAAGGACGCCGACCGACUGGGCUACCCGUAUGUGGUUGUGGUCGGACAGGGGGCGCUAGAGGAAACACCCAGGUUUGAGGUGAUCUGUCAGCAGACUGAUGAGACAUUGUCUUUAAGUAAGGAUGAGUUAUUCUGUCUUUUGGGAAAAGUGGAAAUCAUGUGAUUGAAAUUUGUUUGGAGCUGUCUUUUAAUGGCAAUUUCAUGAACUGCAUAAAAGUGUGGUGUUGUUCCACGGAAUAAAUUUUCAUUUUCGACCAUG